GCGGCGGCGGCGGCGGCGGCGGCGGCAGCGGCGGAGCCCACCGCUCGGGCCCCGAUGAGUAACUCGAGGAAUAACCGGGUGAUGGUGGAAGGAGUCGGGGCCCGAGUAGUUCGCGGCCCGGACUGGAAGUGGGGGAAGCAGGACGGCGGCGAGGGCCAUGUGGGCACCGUCCGGAGCUUCGAGAGCCCUGAGGAGGUGGUGGUAGUCUGGGACAACGGCACGGCCGCCAACUACCGCUGCUCCGGGGCCUACGACCUGCGCAUCCUGGACAGCGCGCCCACGGGCAUCAAGCAUGAUGGAACCAUGUGUGAUACCUGCCGCCAACAGCCCAUCAUUGGCAUUCGAUGGAAAUGUGCGGAGUGUACAAAUUAUGAUUUGUGCACAGUUUGUUAUCAUGGAGAUAAACAUCAUUUGAGGCAUCGCUUUUAUAGAAUUACUACACCGGGAAGUGAGCGGGUUCUGUUAGAGUCUCGUAGAAAAUCUAAGAAGAUUACAGCCAGAGGGAUCUUUGCAGGUGCCAGAGUGGUGCGAGGAGUGGACUGGCAGUGGGAAGAUCAGGACGGAGGGAAUGGACGGAGGGGAAAGGUGACAGAAAUCCAAGACUGGAGUGCAUCGAGCCCACACAGCGCAGCCUACGUUCUCUGGGAUAAUGGUGCUAAGAACCUUUACAGAGUUGGCUUUGAGGGCAUGUCUGAUCUGAAGUGUGUCCAGGAUGCCAAAGGAGGUUCUUUCUACAGAGAUCACUGCCCUGUGCUAGGUGAGCAGAAUGGCAACAGGAAUCCUGGUGGAUUGCAGAUUGGUGACCUGGUCAAUAUAGAUCUUGACCUAGAAAUUGUACAGUCUUUGCAGCAUGGUCAUGGAGGAUGGACUGAUGGCAUGUUUGAGACUUUAACUACAACUGGAACUGUCUGUGGCAUUGAUGAAGACCAUGACAUUGUCGUGCAGUAUCCAAGUGGCAAUAGGUGGACUUUCAAUCCUGCUGUUCUCACUAAAGCGAACAUUGUCCGAAGUGGGGAUGCUGCUCAGGGUGCAGAAGGAGGCACCUCGCAGUUUCAAGUGGGUGAUCUGGUGCAAGUUUGUUAUGAUCUGGAGAGAAUUAAACUUCUGCAAAGAGGACACGGAGAAUGGGCUGAAGCUAUGCUCCCAACUUUAGGUAAAGUUGGCCGAGUACAACAGAUUUAUUCAGACAGUGAUUUAAAGGUGGAAGUUUGUGGAACAUCUUGGACAUACAAUCCAGCAGCAGUUUCCAAGGUGGCAUCUGCAGGAUCAGCCAUUAGCAAUGCAUCUGGUGAAAGACUCUCCCAACUCUUGAAGAAAUUAUUUGAAACCCAAGAAUCUGGUGACCUCAAUGAAGAAUUAGUUAAGGCUGCUGCCAAUGGAGAUGUUGCUAAAGUGGAAGAUUUGCUAAAAAGACCAGAUGUGGAUGUAAAUGGACAGUGUGCUGGUCACACAGCUAUGCAAGCUGCUAGUCAGAAUGGACAUGUUGAUAUUUUGAAGUUACUUUUGAAGCAAAAUGUGGAUGUAGAAGCAGAGGAUAAAGAUGGAGACAGAGCCGUUCACCACGCAGCUUUUGGAGACGAAGGUGCUGUCAUAGAAGUACUGCACCGAGGCAGCGCUGAUCUGAAUGCUCGAAACAAGCGCCGACAGACACCACUUCACAUUGCUGUCAAUAAAGGUCACCUGCAGGUGGUGAAGACUCUACUGGAUUUCGGCUGUCAUCCUAGUCUUCAGGAUUCUGAAGGUGAUACCCCUCUUCAUGAUGCAAUAAGUAAGAAACGUGAUGAUAUCCUGGCAGUUCUUCUGGAAGCUGGGGCAGAUGUUACCAUUACAAAUAAUAAUGGAUUUAAUGCUUUGCACCAUGCUGCACUAAGAGGAAAUCCCAGUGCAAUGCGUGUUUUACUAUCUAAAUUACCAAGACCAUGGAUUGUGGAUGAGAAGAAAGAUGAUGGUUAUACUGCCCUGCAUCUGGCUGCCCUUAAUAAUCAUGUAGAAGUGGCUGAACUGUUGGUACAUCAGGGUAACGCAAACCUGGAUGUCCAGAAUGUGAACCAGCAGACUGCCCUCCACCUUGCUGUUGAGCGACAGCACACCCAGAUUGUGAGGCUUUUGGUCCGUGCAGGUGCCAAGUUAGAUAUUCAGGAUAAGGAUGGGGAUACUCCUUUGCAUGAAGCCCUGAGGCAUCACACCUUGUCUCAGCUACGUCAGCUUCAAGAUAUGCAAGAUGUGGGGAAGGUCGAUGCUGCCUGGGAGCCGUCCAAAAACACAUUAAUAAUGGGACUUGGUACCCAGGGGGCUGAGAAGAAGAGUGCAGCAUCAAUUGCCUGUUUCUUGGCUGCCAAUGGUGCAGACCUUAGCAUUCGAAAUAAGAAGGGUCAGUCUCCACUUGAUCUCUGUCCUGAUCCAAGUCUCUGCAAAGCACUGGCAAAGUGUCAUAAAGAAAAAGUCAGUGGUCAGGUGGGUUCUCGAAGUCCUUCUAUGAUCAGUAAUGAUUCUGAAACCUUAGAAGAGUGUAUGGUGUGCUCAGAUAUGAAGAGAGAUACUCUUUUUGGCCCAUGUGGACAUAUUGCUACCUGUUCUUUAUGUUCUCCACGAGUCAAGAAAUGCCUCAUCUGUAAAGAACAAGUUCAGUCCAGGACAAAGAUUGAAGAAUGUGUGGUAUGCUCUGACAAGAAAGCAGCUGUUCUUUUUCAGCCGUGCGGACACAUGUGUGCUUGUGAGAACUGUGCUAGCCUGAUGAAGAAGUGUGUGCAGUGUCGGGCAGUGGUUGAGCGAAGAGUGCCCUUCAUCAUGUGCUGCGGAGGGAAAAGUUCAGAGGAUGCCACUGAUGACAUCUCAAGUGGGAACAUCCCCGUGUUACAGAAGGAUAAGGAUAACACCAAUGUCAACGCAGACGUGCAGAAGCUGCAGCAACAGCUUCAGGACAUUAAAGAGCAGACAAUGUGCCCUGUGUGUUUGGAUCGUCUGAAGAACAUGAUUUUCCUCUGUGGCCAUGGAACAUGCCAGCUCUGUGGAGAUCGAAUGAGUGAAUGUCCUAUCUGUCGAAAGGCUAUUGAACGAAGGAUUCUUUUGUAUUAACUAAGAAACUCAGUGUGUUUUGUUAGCUAAAGUAUUCAGUCAUGAGAUUUUAGCUCUUAAGCUAGUUGGAGGUUCUAAUGAUUAAUUUUUAAUAUCAUAGUUUCUUUACUAGAGUGUAAUUUGACUAUAAAUGUACCAGACAACAGCAACAAAAAACUACAAAACAGUGUUUGGACCCGUAUUUUUUGGUUUUUGUUUUUGUUUUUUUUCCUUUUCAUUUGAAACAUCAAAUUCAUGUAAUUCAUAGGUAAUUUACCUUUGGCUUCUAAAGGGGAAAAUCCUUUAAGGAUCCCUUGUUAUUUUUGUUUUUAAUUGCAUUUUCUUAUAAGAGAAUUAAUAAAUUUGACCUUAAAAGAUACACUUCCUUAUGCUCAGCUGACUUUCAGUUUAUCAUGAUUUUACCCAGAGAGUUGACACAGGUACUCAGAAAAGUCACGCAUCAAAUGAAAGGGGCAAGUCAAACCAUUAUGUCAUGCAUGUGAAAUAAUAAAAUGGUAGUACAAGCUGUAUGUGGUUAAGGGAAUACUGAACAGAGAAGUCUUUUUAAGAUAAUGUGCAGUUUAUCCCAAUGAUUGUUUUUGAAUUCUUAGAGUAAAUGAAAACAUAGGGUGAGAGAAUAAUGACUUUGCAUUUAUUUCCUGGAUUCAAGGAAAAUUGCUUAACUUGAAUCAGAUUGCUAGUUUCAGUAUGACUGAUAGACAUGAAAAGGAGAAAUAAGCAGUCAUAGUGGGGAACUGCAGGGGGAGGUUGUCCAAUAAAAGAGUACCUGUUAACUCACCAUUACCAGUUGCCUUUCUUGUAUUAAUUAAUACACUGUUUUGUUUAGCCAGCUCUUAAAAAAAAGUCUGUGAAAAGCAUGCCUCAGUUUCCCCUGUGAUUACUUAUCCAGACUUGAUCUGACUGGUGAAAUGGUAUUGUCCUCUUUGGGGCUCUGAGGUUCAAUUUAGCUUUUCUAAUGUGCUAAAUAGCAGCACCCCAGUGAUCGGAGAAGGAUAAUGCAUUGCCCAGAGGCAGCAGCCUGUCUUCCCCGUAUCUGUUAAUUCUGCCAGUGUUGCUCUUUCUGCCUUCAUCAUAGGCCUCGCUUCCAUGAUCUCUCAGAUAGCAGAGCAGUCUGUCUUUAUACCUGAUGAUGAGGAUAUUAUUUAAACUGCCAGCAGUAUCCAAGACAGUACAUAACCAGUGAUAAACAUUUACUUCAGAAACAAUGACUAGGACAUUUACAGAAAUAUGUCUGAUUACCUGUGUGGGUUUUUUUUUUUUUAACUCAAACUUCGACUCUAGAGCAUCUAAUACAUUUUUCUCCUUUGAAUGAGUAGUCUUUCAGUAGUAUGAAUAUACACAUGAAUAUAAGUAUUUUGGGGUUCAUUGUUACUAGAUUAUAAAAAUACCAGCUGUUUACGAUAGUAUCUACUAUGUACUGUAUGUACGUUCACUCCUAAGGAUAGUUAUCUUUUUUGCAGUUUUUUUCCCCUUUGGAUCUUGUUCUUAUUUCAAUUUUUGUGCUGCAACAACUAAAUUUGAAAGUACAAAGUCUAGCUCUCAUAACAUCCUAUUUCUGGCAAUUUCAUGGCUAUGCCUUUGCAAAUCCUGGUGAAAACAUUGGUGCGCUUCGCUGGCUGAGUGUAGUCUCAGUAGUUCCAUACCUGUGUUUAGCUGAGUAAUUUACCAUUUAGAACAGUACAUUUUUUAUAAAUUUUAAAUUUGAGAAUUUAUAUUGACUCUACUCAGUUACGUAACAAAGGGCCACUGAGGCUGUUUUUUAAGCCAUAUUUUGAAGUUAUAAAAAGAUAGGACAUCUGUCUGAUGAUGUUCAUAUAAAGAGAUGGUUCUCUUUCAAAUUUGGAAACAGUGAAAGUCAGGAUUUUCCUUUUCUUCCACGCCACAGACUGCCCAUCUCUCUUCCACCAGAUGAACUUGUAAGGCGGGGGCACCUGGCUGACUCGUGCACCGUUUGGCCAGUCAGUACGGUCACGACUCUACUUGACUUAAAUCCUUUUUAUUUGUCUUCUGAGCCGCAGUGCUUAAACCUAUAUCCCUAAAAGGCAAUUUCAUCUUCCAGACUAGUUUAUUUCCUCCAUGUUAAAAACAUAAUAAUUUAUAAACUAUGGCAAAAGUCAAAAGUCACUGUAAUUAUAGUGCUAGGUUCAUGUGGAUUUUCUGUGUUUGUACCACUUGGAAAUUUGUUUAGUGAAUGGAAAAUGUUUCUCUAUUCAUGUUUUGAAGGACCUGAAAAAUUAUUUUAAAUGUAUUUUGGGUUUGUGACAGAGAAUAAGAUUAAGAACUUACUUGUUUAAGUGACUUUCCUCUAACUCUGUGAAACUGCUACCUCUUAUUUAUGUCUCAGCAGCACUUUCCCGACUAGGAUGUGUCCUUGUUGUAAUCAUCUCGUUAUCUUAUGCCUCAAGAGAGCUUUUGCUUUUCCUAGAAUCAUUUAAAAAAAAACAACAGAACCGACAUGCAUUCAUUCAAAAACAUAUUUAUUGAGCGUCAGGGGCUAGAUAACAUUGAAAAAAUUGUCAGUGUCUUAGUACAUACAGAAUUUAUUAUGCAGCCAUUGUACAUUUGAAGUAAUCUCUUCAAAAAGAAGGGAUCUAAAUAUACUGAGAACAUUUCUCCCUAAUGAUUCAAAGUGUUGUCAUUAAGUAGUAUUUGAAUUCCCUCUCUGCACCCCUCAUUUCCUACCACAUUUUCUUUUAUUCUUCUAACAUUGUCAACUUUGUUACCAAGACAUACACACAACUUACCAGAUGGUGCUAUUCUGAUAGUUUUUCUUCACAUAAUUUAACAUUCUUACUGCUUAUACUGUAUAUGUGUUUAAUUUUGUUGGGAGCAAGAAAGUUUUUCAAGAGACGAUCAUUUUGUAUUAGUAUAGGAAUAUUGUAUCACACAAGUGUUUCAGUUUAGCUGUCCGUAUUGUACUUGGUUAUUUGUAAUUUUAAACAUUGCAAGUUGACCGUUAGCUACUGAGGCAUAAAAUAAUUGAUAACAUUGAAAAUAAUUUUCUUAAAUUUAUAUCUUUGAUGGCUUUAGCCUGUAAGAGCAUUUUAGCACAUUGCAAUGCAUGCUGCUUAAGGUUUGUCCAAUUCAGGUUUCAAAGCUUGCUGAGUCAUUUUUACAUAGUAGAAAUAGACUGUAUAGUUAUGUGUUGCCCAGUUGCUGUUCUUGUUUAUUAUGAAUUUUAGACCCUAUUGGACUAGGAAUUAUUUAAACUUAUGAACUAGGAGAAUUGGUGAUGGGGUUGGAAAGGGAGGACAGUUGGGGAUUGCAGCAAAUAAGGAAGAAAAGUCAGUUUUUGAGUUUAGAGAAAAGGGGAUCAUGUAGAUUUUUAUCAAAGCAGUAAGUGUAGAGAUUAUAUUUAAUUGAAUAGAGGGUCUUUCAGUCAGUUUUUAAUGUAGUUUAAUUAACAGUUGCUUUGGAAAUUAUAAACUUUAAUACAGCUUGCUUUAGAAAAAUUCAAAAGGAAAAGCACUUAUCCUCUCAGAGUGUCUAAAAUAUUAUAGGAAUAAUUUGUAUAAAAAUUGAAUUUUGGAAUAUAAUUUUUUUUCAUUUUUUUAUUGUGGUAAAAGCAUAUUUUUUACCAUCUUAACCACUUUUAAGUUCAAUAGUGUUAAGUAUAUUCACAUUGUUGUGAAACAGACCUCCAGAACUUUCUCAUCUUGCAAAAUUGAAACUCUAUACCCAUUAAGCAACAACUCCCCUUUCCCACCUCCCCCUAGUGGAAUAGAACUUUGAUUAAAUUAAGAAACACCUGAAUUAUCUUGAGAGUUUGUGUUUGCAAGAUCUAAAGUUAUGGUAAACAUCAAGUUACUAAAAUUUGGAAUAGACAGAAUUUCUUACCCCUCUCCCAAUUAUCGUCAGUCAUAAUUGAGUAGGUUUUAAAUAUCUGUUAAUUAUAAGAGUUUGUUAUUUCAUUUCGAGCCAGAGGGGAGAAACACAUUUUAAACAUUAAAAUUAGAUUAGCUUUGAAUUUGUGCUAAAUUGGAAAGGUAAUAGAUUUUCACAAAUUAUGUGUGCCUUGUUAUUGAAAAUGUCAGUUGUCUUUAAGUCUACUUGUAACUGUUUCAAAAUAUUUUUUUCUCUCAAAAGGCAACCUGAUUUUAUUUGCUUGAAUAUUAUGAUAGGAAUGCUUACUGAUACUACUUGAUAAUCAUAUAUAGCCUUGGAACUUUAACAUAUAUAUAAAACUGUAACAGUAUUAAUAAUUACAUUUGUACUUCUUUAGAACAUUAAAUUUGAGGAAAAACUGUUUAA